AUGAGCUCGGCCUCCAUAGACGUGCCGACGCCGCUGAGCUUACCGACAGACCCCACCCAGCUGACCGAGUCGGCCCGAAGGCCUACAACCACCAACAGCUCCCACUUGAUCUGCAGCGGUAUCGUGAGCAGGAUGGAGUCCAAGCCGUCGCAGAUGGCAGGAAUCCGAACCUUGCUGAGCGCCCAUGUGCCCCGCAAGUCGGCGCCCUCGAGCAUGAUGAACAGAACCGAGGGCUAUCCCGGAGCUAUCCCAGAGCAUGAGCUCCGCGGACAGAGGACGAUGGCGACGAAGCAGACCACGCCGAUCGAGCAGCCCUGGCUCGGAAUCCUCGCGGUCGUGUUGGGGGCCCCGGUCAGCGCGAUCCUCGGCACAACCACGGCCCCCCUCGCACGAGACGUCAGGCGCUCCGCGCGUGUCGUCACAGGCACCUCCGGCCCGGCUCCCGUAGGCAAAACUCGGGCGGUCACCCGCAUCCUUGCCCAGCGCCUGGCUGUAGUCCCCAUCGUGCUGGAAGUCCCAGCCGUCGUGGUCCCUGGUGCAAUGGAGGUCGCGGUCGUCGCGAUCCUCGUCACAGCCGCUGUCCCCCUCGCGGUGGACACCGUCGCACUGGAGGUCCCAGUCGAUGUGGUCCCGAUCAUGCUGGAGCUCCAGGCGGCGGUGCUGCCGGGAUCCGGAUGUCCCGGCGAAUUCUGCCAUCGCCUGGGCUACCUCGCCGGCGCUCUCGCCGCCGCCAGGGACGCCAUCGCAUGGCCAGCAGUACGCACCACAUCGUACCCCGACUGCAUCGACUGCAUCACGUUCUGCACGAAAGAUUUUGGCGGCCACAGGCGAGGUUUCGGCAUCUAUCACGCAGCUGGUGGCCGCCUGGGCCCGGAGCUGCUCGUUCUCGACCCUCGGGCGCUCCACAUCCUGGGAGAGACACCCAAGGCUCAACUGGAGAUCCUCAACCUCCACUGCUCGCCUCUCCGCCCCAUCCUCAGCAGCAGCAGACUUCAAAGCGAGUUCGUGCUCCCGUCCGCCUUGCGGAAGAGGCCCAAGCUUGGGCACCACCGCCACUCCGGCAUGGCUCAGCACGCCGCGCUCCGCGGCGCUGGGACCUGGCUGGCGCGCGAACCCCCGGGGCGCCUCAGCAGAGCCCCGCUGGCGCUGUGCCCUGGGCUCCACGCCGCGGGCCGCUGCGCCAGCGCGCCCCCGCGCGCAGCGCCCCGCCGCGCCGCGCUCCCGCGGCGCUGGAACCCCGCUGGCGCGCUGGCUGGCGUGCCCAGCGCCCACCGCCGGGCCGCCUCGGCACAGCAGCGCCGAGCCGGGCCCGCUCUGGCCCGGGACCUGGCAGAGUGCAUCGCCGCCUGGCAGGAGAAGGGGUGGCAGGACAACCAGCCCCGCCAGGUGGUCUGCUCGCCGCUGGGGCGCCCGAGGCCCCACGGGCGCCGCGAGGAGUGCACCGCGGACCAAGAACACCACGGCCCCGUCCUCUCGGUGAACAUAGGCGGAGCCAUCUUCAGGACCACGGCGAACACGCUGCGGAAGGCGCCCUUCUUCGACCUGAUGCUAAGACAUAUGGAGGAGGGCGCGCUGGGGACCACCACCGACGACAGCGGCCAGCUCUUCGUGGAUCGCUCCGGCGAUCUGUUCGUCUACAUCCUAGAGUACCUGCGGUCAGGCCAUUGGAUACUGCGAGACCGCGCGGGUGAUUUGGAGUUCGUCGACGCGCUGCGGGAGGAGGCGCGGGAGAGAGCGGGGGUGGAAGCGGCAUGGAAAAUUUAG